AUAUGAGAAAUCACAAGUCAACCUCACCUCAUCAUUUGGUCCUGUCUGUUCAAAGAACCACCUCAUAUCGCACUUUCGUUAUUUCUAUGCCAUCUCUCAUCUUCUAUAUAAUUCACCUCUCUCCGUUAUUCACUCCUUCACUAUGGGAAACAUGAAGGUGCAUGAGUUGUCACGUGGAUUGUGGGAGCACGAACCAUCCCUCUCCCUUGCCUGCAACCCCCUACGCACUCAUAAUAGUAAUACCCUUUCUUCUUUCCACCUUAAGACCUUCAUUACACCCAAACCUACCCCUACAAAGCUUGCCUCCUCUUACCAGCAGCCGCAUUCUCCUCAGGUGGAUAUGCAAGCAGGAGCAGGAGGUACGCGAUGGAGUCCAACGCAAGAGCAGAUCGGGAUUUUGGAGAUGAUGUACAGAGGAGGGAUGCGAACCCCAAACGCACAACAAAUCGAACAAAUCACUGUGCAGCUAGGCAAGUACGGCAAGAUCGAAGGCAAAAACGUUUUCUACUGGUUCCAAAACCACAAAGCUCGCGAGCGACAAAAGCAGAAGCGCAACAGCCUUGUCCUUAACUCACCUCCCAUUACCACCAUAACUUUGAAUACUAGGGAGGAUGGUCCAUAUAAGAGAAAAUGCAGGAGCUGGUCAUUUGAGUACAUUGAAGAAGAAAGCGGAUCAUCGUCGUCGUUUAAAGAGGAGGAAACCAGAACUCUAGAGCUAUUCCCGUUGCACCCAGAAGGCAGGUGAAGCCUAAAAAGAAAAAGAACUGAAUCUAAACUUAGUUCCAAAUACGAUCUGGUUUGACGAUGAUGAUUGGCUUUUUCUUUCUUUUGUUUGGGGGAAAGAAGAAAGACAAAGUUGGCUUCUUGCACUCAAACAUUCAUUGGUGCCCUCUUGAAAAAUAUAACUUUGUACAAAAUUAGAAAACAAAAGUAGGUGGUUGUCGUGGGUGGUGGUGUUAGAAUAUUCAAAGGAAAUGCAUGAUCUAAACUUAUCUUAUGAUUCUGUUGCUUGGAAGACUUUCAUAAAGUUAUAUGAUCUAUUCUAUCUACUUCUCUAGUGGAGAGUAAAUUUAGGUGCAUUUAUUUAAGGAUUUAAAAAUAAAA